AUGUCUACUAAUCUUAGCUUAGAAAAAUUAAUAAUGGAUAAUGAAUUUAGUUCCAAAGCGAUAGAUAGUGAAAUUAAACCAAAAGAACUCUCAGUUAUUGAUCCAGUUGAUGCUAUUGUAAUUAGUUUAUAUAUUAUCAUUUGUUGGAGUUCACAAAUUCGUCUUCAUAUUCGUAAUCUAACUGGUUAUACAGCUCCAUCUCAGUUUCUUCAACAAUUAACUUGGAUAGCAUUUCAUCAUUCAUCUCUUGUUGAAAUUGAUAUUCUUCUUCCAAAUGAUCUACAUCUUGGUGAAGCAGUUUAUGUUGAUACUGGUCUGGAACAUUGA